GGUCUAGUGAUGAUCGCGUGUGUGACGACGACGACGUGCAGUCGAAGGGGUUUUUGUGGGCGGCAGAGAAGCUGGGUCAUGGCUGCACAGUAGUCAGGACGGCAGAAAGUGCUCUUGAAACCUACCUCAGGCAUCUACACGAUGUCGUCAUUAUAGAUGCACGAUCUAACAACGGCAAUAGCCUUGACGCUGAAGCCUUGUCCAGAUCUAUUAAAGCUGCCAAAACUAGCGAUUAUACAGUGCUGGUGGCUGUUACUAAAAGAUACUCAGAAGAUAUCGAAGAGCCAUCGAUAUUACCAUUACUAAAGGCAGGAUUUUCCAGGAGAUACCAAGAAAACAGCUGCCUCUCGGCUUGCAUAAAUGAAUUACAGUCUCUGGAGGCGGGAGAAGUCAGGAGUAAUGUGAGACUCAAGGCUUGUAAUGGACUGUUUGUGGCACUGGACAACGUGGCAGAAGCAGUGGAGAUCACAAACAGCAAUCAUGAGAUACAG